GGGAGCGACACGCGCUCCGCAUGAUGCCUGAGGCGGAAGGCGCGAGCGCUUUAUGAUGAUUGGUCAACGGGUCAAAGCGCUCUGUGAUUGGUCAGCGGGGUUGCCAUGGUGACCAACUGUCAACAGAGUCUGGUUUGUGAGAGCAUGAAGUCGAGUAAUAGUGCAGAGCUGCGUGUCGGAUAAGCUCAUGGACUGGAGGUGUGAGAGGAAACCCGCAGCGGACACACCGAUGAGAUUACCGCAGGAUGGCAGUAAAGGUGGUGGAGCAAAACAGCCCUCUGCGAAAGAGCAACUGGAUGAAUAUUUAAUCAGUCUGCAGCGCAGGAACAGGGCUCUGAGGAAGCUGCAGGUGAAGGACCCUAAGCAGGUGGAGUUAGAGCAGCUGGAGCAGGGCUUCUGUAUUUAUCUCAACGGUGCUAAUGCUAACCCGGCUAACGCUAAGGGCAGCCGGAGAGUCAGACUCACACACACUGCAGACGGUCCCGCGAGGAGUGUAGAGGAUGUGUUCGGAGUGAGUCAUCCUGUCCCGAGGAGUCAAACAGCACCUGAGAGGGCACAGCGCAAAGAAUGGGUCCAGGAAUCGAUACAGAUCCGCACGGAGACCGGGGCUCGGCUGAAAAUAUCUCCUGAGAAUCGUUAUUCAGAAGACUUUGAGUUAUAUGAGAGCGUAGAUAUGGAGGAGGGAAAUGUGUGUAAGGUGCCGGAGGUGAAGUCUCGCUCAGAAUCCGAACCUGCAGAAAGACUCCUGCUCAACCUGGACCAGGUCAAAGUGUUGCGGUGCAGUCUGGAGGCCAGUGUGAGGCGGAGCAGCUUCGACUCUGCAGGCGAGGAGUCCGCCGACGAGUGUGUGGAGGAACAGAUCGAGAGGGACGACAGUAAUGACAACAUCGGUGACAUCACCCUCCCCCCCUCCCCUAAAACUAGCCAGCCUAUCAGGAGUCAGUCCGGCUCUGGUGACCUCAUUGUGCUGGACUUUAGCCCCGCCCCUACAGGCCGUAAAGUGGAGCGUGGUCUGUCGGCUAAGAGGAAGGAGAACGUGGAGACCUUCAUCCCCAUUAAACCAGUUCGGCUAAACAGAGAAAGCGGGAGGUCAAACAGAACCCAACAGGACACACCACGUCCCGGUAGUCGUGUGAAGCGCCCCCUGUCUGCAGUGCGUCAGUCCCAGAAGGACGAGGACCCCCAGGACACGGCGCUCAGUGUGUUCCAGGCCGUGCAGAGAGAGAACUCCUCCCCCCCGCACACACUCACAUCAGACACACACCAUCACACACACUCACCUGAGCACCCAGAGCCCCAGGAUCCCGCUCUGUUCAGCUUCAGUCCGCAGGUGAACUCCAUCACACAUCAGGCCGACAUCAACGCUAACACUGAGGAGAGGGGGGAGGGGGAGGAGUGUGAGAAUCAGUUAAUGAGAGCCAUGAAGAGGAUCGCACUCAUGGGGCCCGGUCAGCAGAAGAGGUUGUUGAAGGCUCUGGAGAACAUUGAGACUCCGCCCACAGUUUCUCACACACACAUCAGCAGCAGCACUUCCUCACCUCCUAGGAGGCGGGGCUCGGCGGAGGCUCUCUAUGUCACCAUGGAGAUUCUGUCGAACUGGGGUGACAUGGGACGCGUGGGCCUGACGGAGGUCCAGUUCUUCUGCAAGAGGAACCGCAAACUCCACGUCUCUCCACACGACCUGGACAUCCGGAACGUCCACCAGCCGGGGAACCUCGGGGCGCUCGUCAACGGCAGGACUAACAGCACUAGAGAGAGGGACAUGUGGGCGUGUCAGUUCCACGCACCGGUACAGCUGUACUUCGUGGUGAGGAACACCGAGAGCUCGCCGGACUUCAGCAUCGCACAGAUUAAAAUCUGGAAUUAUAACCGCAGUCCGAAGGAGCUGGGCGUAGGAGCGCGUGACGUGCGUGUAUACGUGAACAGCACUCUGGUGUUUGACGGGCUGCUGGGUAAAGGCUGCGGUAAUCAGGCGUCCGAUUACAGCACUACCAUCACCCUGCAAGACCUCCAGCUCCCAGAAUGCACCUCUCCCAGCACACGGCACCAUAACGCCCCUCCUCGAGAGCCCGACCGGUCCGAUGCCGACUCCCGUAUCCUGAAGGAAGCGAGCGGUGAUAUGCCGAGAGACUCCUCUGUGCGUGGAGAUCCACCCCUGCCCGGGAACUGUGGGGAGCCGGUUACCACGGUGACCACCCAGCCAGGUUCACACAGGGCUCGAGAGCGCCCCGCAUGGCUGGAGACUCAGAACAGGAUCGACAGCAAACACCAGCGCACUGCCAAACACAAGCUGUCCAUCCUGAGCGACGUCCCGUGCGGUCCGGCCAGCGUCUGCGGCCACCAGUUGGCGCCACUCGCAAACACGAGGGAGAGGAACCGCGAGACCAAACCGGAGCGUGAGCCGGAUCUGUUAGAAAGCCUGGGCAAGGGGCAACCGCACGUCCGAGCCGUCAGCGGGCGCAGAGGUUCCGCACGCUCGCAGGUUAAACCAAGUCAGGAUGCGGAGACGUCAGAGGAGCCUGGACCAGUUGCCAAUGGCAACCAACGUCUGCGAUCCCGCUGUCUGAGCAACGCGGUUGAGACCAAACCGACAAAGACGACGAGAUCACCGGACUCGCCGCUGAAGUUUGAUCAUCCCGAGGGUGACGUAUUCGACGAGUUUCUCCAGCGCCGGUCCCGCCCCUCCGCGGUGACGCCAGACCCUGUGACGUCUGACCCUGAGGAGGACUUCGAGAUCCCUGUUCUUCCACAGGGGCGGCACCUGGUGAUGCGUAUCCUGUCCACGUGGGGGGACCGUUACUACGUGGGCCUGAACGGUGUGGAGAUAUUCAGUGCGAGCGGAGAGCCGGUCACGCCGCGUAGCAUCGCCGCCGUCGUGAUCGGGCUCCCCGAGAACAACGAUAACGUCUCCAGGGUGGCAGACGGCGUCCAGCGCACGCAGGACGACUCGCACAUGUGGCUGGCCCCGUUCGUGGCGGGGAGGAGGUGCGAGAUCUCGCUAGAUCUCGGAGAGCCUCAGCGCCUCGCCAUGAUUCGGGUGUGGAACUACAACAAGUCCCGCAUUCACUCCUUCAGAGGCGUGAGAGAGGUGGACAUGCUGCUGGACGGACGGCGGAUCUUCAGAGGAGAGAUCGCUAAAGCUUCUGGCACACUGUUGGGAGGUCUAGAUCAGUUCGGUGAUACGAUCCUUUUCACCACGGACGAUGAGAUCCUGGAAGCCAUGUCCCGAUUUGACGACACAUUCGUGUGUGUUAACGAGGGGGCGGGGCCUGGGGCACAGGGGGUGGAGCUUCAGCGUCCUCAGACUGCAGAUGAAGAUGAAGAGGACGCAUCACACACUCGGACUGGCUUCUGGGAGGACAACAAGGAUGAAAAGGACAAUGAGGACAAUGCGGUUGAGCCGUGCGCUGAAACAGAGGACCGGGGUUCUGGUCUCUACACUGGAAAAAGCCUGCGUCUGUCUCUGAUGUCGACGUGGAGUGACACUCACUAUCUCGGCCUCACCGGGUUGGAGGUUGUAGGUAAAGAGGGCGAGGUCAUCCCUGUCAACGUCUCCAUGGUAACGGCAACCCCACGUGACCUCAAUGACCUCCCGGAGUAUAACAACGACCUUCGUACUCUGGACAAGCUGUUUGAUGGAGAGAACAUCACCACUGAUGAUGAACACAUGUGGCUGAUACCCUUCACCCCCGGCUCAGACCACACCCUCUCCAUCCGGUUCAGCCAAUCACAGACCGUCGCCGGCCUCAGGGUCUGGAACUACAACAAAUCACCUGAGGACUCGUACAGAGGGGUGCAGGCGUUGUGUGUUUACGUGGACGAGGUGUGUGUCUCACCGCCCGACGGGUUCCUGAUCAGGAAAGGACCCGGGAACUGUCACUUUGACUUCGCUCAGGAGAUUCUGUUCAUCGACUACAUACAGUCCUCUAGUGUGUGUACAGUCUCACCCACAACACACACACACAGGAGUGAAGAGAAGGCCAGUAUGGAGUAUGAGGCUCCUCUCACACCAUGUGGAUUUAUUUUUCAGUUACAGCUUUUGACCACAUGGGGCGACCCGUACUACAUCGGACUGAAUGGGCUGGAGCUUUACGACCACAACGACCAAAAGAUCCCACUUAGUGAUAACAACAUCGCUGCGUUCCCAGACAGUGUGAACGUUCUGGACAGUGUGUGUGGAGACGUGCGAACUCCAGACAAACUGAUCGACGGCAUCAACAACACACACGAUGGACGUCACAUGUGGCUCGCUCCGGUGCUGCCUGGCCUGGUGAAUCGUGUGUAUGUGAUCUUCGACCAGCCUGUGAGCGUCUCUAUGAUCAAACUGUGGAAUUAUUCCAAAACACCACAGAGAGGAGUCAAAGAGUUUGGGCUCCUCGUGGAUGAUCUCCUGGUGUAUAACGGGAUCCUGGAGUGUGUGUCACACACCUCGCGGGGGAUUCUGCCCACCCUCGACCCCGUCAUCCCCUACCACACUAUACUGUUCACCAACAACACACACAUCACACACCGCGAGAGAAAUACCGUCAUCAGCAACCAUGUGGAGGACCAGGAUGUAAAGAUGACCAACGAUAAUCAGAUUGUCCAACAGUACAACAAGAAAAAAACAACAGCAGACCCAGCAUUGAGACCUAAAACCUGCAUGACGGACACGCCCAAACACAGGACACGCCCAUACUGACAACCUCACACAUACAGAGAGAGAGAGAGAGAGAGAGAGAGUGUGUGUGUGUGCGCGCUGAACACACACACACACACACACACACACACACUGGUGCACUGUAUAUACUACAGAUUGUGUGUAUUCUUCUGUGUGUGUGUUUAUAGUUGGUGGAAAAAUCGAUUCCGUUUUUUUUGUGUCGAAUCAUGAAUCUCGAGUCUCACACACACUCGAUACACACCGCACACUUAACACUAAGCCGCACGCGCUAACAACUGCACAACACGCGCACGAGACUUUAGAGGCGUCGCCAUUUCUUUACACUCCUACAGGUGGCGCUCUCUAAACUGUUCCACAUUGCCGUUAGUGAGGUACGAGUGAAUCACUGGCCAAUGUUUGUUCAGGAGGAAUAAUUACACCAGAUAAUGUAAGAGAUUCACGCUGCUCAGUAACAAUGUAGCUUUUUGUCAUUAAAUUUCAAGUUAAAUGUACAAGUUAACUCUUGUAUUUGAAGAUAUUUUGUAGUGUUUUUAAAAACGUCCGCCCCCUUGGUUUUCAAGUGAGAAAACUAACGCUAUAAGGAACGGACUACAUUUCAGUUGUAAAGCUGCUAAAUAAAGAUAUAAAGUUAUAAAACUUUCAAUGUAUAACAACUGUUUAUUUUUUAUUUUAUGGCUUAAGGUCUUAAAAUUUAAACAAAAUCAGGAAAAUAAAUGCAACAUUGAAUAGAACUUACAGAAUUGCAAUAUAAAUCGGAUCGGCCGCUCGGUAUCGCGAUAACAUCGUAUCGGGUCGCCCAUGUCUAGUGCUAAUGAUGUCAUAAUCUGUAUUAUAACUGUUUAUACAUGAACUGUGUGUUUAUUUAAAUAAAGUCUCUACACCAAGUGA